AUGGAAUUCAAAAAAGAUAUUCCUACAAAGGAAGAUUUGGAUUUUAUAGUUGGUGAUGGUUAUAAUCAUGAUGAGGAUCCAACAUAUGAGCCUAAAGAUUCCUCUUCGUUAGAUGAUGAUAAAUAUGUUGUUUCAGGUAAGGAGUUUAAAAAACUAACCAGAAAAGCUAAAAAACUCGGCGCUGAAUCGCUUGAUUAUUCAACACGUAAAAAUAACAAAUAUGUAGCAACACUUUCAAGUGGAAAGAAAAUUCAUUUCGGGUCGUCACAGUAUCCAGACUAUCUUAUCCAUAAGGAUAAAGAGCGAAAUGAGAGAUAUCUCGCUCGAGCUAAAAAGAACUUAUACUAAUCCUGAAUCGGCUAACUACUGGUCGGUUAAUCUUCUUUGGUAAAAAAAUGUCUAAUCAUUUAAUAAAAUGAAUUCUCUUUUAUUAGAUGAAAAAUGGAUUGAGGAAAUAAAAGAUUGUAAUAAAAAAUUAUUAAAUUUAGAGAAGGAUAGUGAUAUUUUAACUAAUAUACAUGAAAAAUUAAAAUCAGGUUUUUCUCUUGAUAAAAUUAGUAUUGAUGCUGACGGAGUUGACGCUUAUAAAGAAGAAAGUUAUGUAAGGUUAAUUUUUAUGCAUGGUAUACAUUUAGAUGAUGGUAGUAUAGUUGAAGAUGGUGGUGAUUAUGUUUCUGUUUAUUUACCACUUCCUCUUAGAUUUGAUGAAGAAUGGUUUAAGAAAUAUAAAGAACUAAAUUUAACUGUAGAAAGUAUUAAAAAUUAUGAUGUUGAAGGAUAUUUAAAAAAUGAUUUAAAGAAAUAAAAUAUAUAAUAAAAAUGCAGUUAUCCGCUUACGAUUAUCUAACAUCAGAAAACAUUAUCUUUAAUGAAGCCAAAGAGUAUAAAGUGAAAGAUGGCAAGAUCAAAUACAAACGUAUCCCAAUUGAAGUCAAAUAUUCAAAUGGAAAGAAAGGAGCUUUGGUAAUCGAAACUCCACUUCUUUUCUCUUUUGGGGUAAAUGAGAAGAAGAACCAAGAAACAAACAAGUUAGUAGGUUAUAGUAUGCCUGUAUGCCUUUGGGCUAAAGAUAGUGAGCCGAAUAAUAAAGAAAAAGCAUUUUUUGAUGUUAUUAAUAAUGUAACAACUCUCUCUCAGCAACAUCUAGAGAAUGAAUACGGUGCAGAUCUGGCAUCUUCUCUAUCUUCACCAUUUUAUUACAAACAGGAAGAAUAUACAGAUAAGAAAGGAAAGAAGAAAACAAGAAUAGACCCCUCAUCCGCACCAGUUCUCUAUGCAAAACUUAUUUACUCAGAAAAAUCUAAGAAAAUUCUUUCUCUGUUUAAGACAAAGGGAAAGAAAGAUUUAAAUCCUUUUAAAUAUAUUGAUCAGUACUGCAAUGUUAAAAUGGCACUUAUAAUAGAAGGAAUCUUUAUAAGUAAAACUGUUACAUCUUUGCAAAGAAAAGUACAUGAGUGCUAUGUCAAACCAUUAAAACCUAGAGAGUCUUUACUAACAACUGAAGAGGAAGAUGCAGUAGUUACUGAGCAAGUAGUUGAAGACUUAGUUAUCUCUGAUAAAGAAGAAACUGCGUAA